GCGAUGGGGAAGAAGACGCGGGCGGUCCCCGGCCGCAGGCCCAUCUUGCAGCUCUCGCCGCCGGGGCCCCGGAGCGGCGGCGGCUGUCGCGAUAUCGAGCCGGAAUCGGAGUCGGAAGUGGAGGGCGAGGCGGCGGUGGCCCCCGGCCCCACCGCCAUCGCCACGGCGACGAGCGCCGCCCCGGAGGACGCGGCCUUGGAAGAUGAUCAAGAAGUUGUCGCGGAGGUUCCCAAAAUUGUCGUUCAGCAUCCUCCGCAACCAAUCAUGACCACCAGGCCUGCAGCCGUUAAAGCAACAGGAGGUUUGUGCUUGCUUGGGGCGUAUGCAGACAGUGAUGAUGAAGAAAGUGAAGUCUCUGAGAAGUCAGCUCAGUCUACCGAGCCGAACGGAAACCAGUCAACCGACAUUGAUAGCACAUUGGCAAACUUCCUUGCGGAGAUUGAUGCCAUAACCGCUCCUCAGCCAGCAGCAUCCGUUACCCCGUCUUCUGCUCCGCCUCCCACUCCACCACGGCCAGAACCCAAGGAGGCGGCAACUUCAGGAGUUUCUUCUGCUACAGCAAAUGGAACGGGCUCGGUCCAGGCCUCAGGCUGGCAGUAUGAUACCCAGUGUUCCCUGGCAGGAGUGGGAGUUGAGAUGGGAGAUUGGCAAGAAGUUUGGGAUGAGAACACCGGAUGCCAUUACUAUUGGAAUACACAAAGUAAUGAGGUGACGUGGGAGCUGCCACAGUAUCUUGCCACACAGGUGCAGGGGAUACAGCAUUACCAACACAGCUCUGUUACAGGCACCGAAGCAAAUUUCAUGGUGACUGCAGAUGUCUGUUCAAAAGAGAAAGCUGUGACUGUUGCCAGUACUAAGGGUACGGCAGGUCUUGUCAAGCGAGAAGUGAAAAAGGAGGUGAAUGAAGGGGUCCAGGCUCUUUCGAAUAGUGAAGAGGACAAAAAGGGAGUAGCAGCCUCCCUGUUGGCUCCUUUAUUGCCUGACGGGGUCAAGGAGGAAGAGGAACGGUGGAGGAGAAAAGUGAUCUGUAAAGAAGAAGUAGAACCAGCACCUGAAAAGGAAGUGGUUACUGCUUCAGAAGAAGUAGCAACAGCUUUAAAACCGUUAGAGACUACAUUGGACAAUGGAGAAGAACCUUCUCAGGAGGAUCUUUGCAGUGUUGUUCAGUCAGGAGAAAGUGAGGAGGAGGAAGAGGAGCAGGGUACGCUUGAACUGGAGCUAGUAUUGGAAAGGAAAAAAGCAGAAUUGCGAGCCUUGGAAGAAGGAGAUGGUAGUGUGUCAGGGUCCAGUCCACGUUCGGAUAUCAGCCAGUCGGCAUCUCAGGACGGGAUGCGUAGACUGAUGUCGAAAAGAGGAAAAUGGAAACUGUUCGUUCGAGCGGCUAGUCCGGAAUCUACCAGCCGGAGUUCUAGCAAAACUGGUAGGGAGACUCCUGAAAAUGGUGAUGUGGCAGUGGGCACUGAAAAUUCAGAGAAAAUCAAUGAGAGUUCAGACAAAGAGUUGGAGACAGAAGAGUCUCAAGAGAAAACAAAAGCACAAACAGUGCCAAAAACGGAAGAACAAGAUCUAAAAUUUCAGAUUGGUGAGUUGGCAAAUACCCUGACCAGUAAACUGGAAUUCCUAGGCAUCAGCAGACAGUCCAUCUCCAACUUUCAUGUGCUGCUGUUACAGACUGAGACAAGGAUCGCGGACUGGCGAGAAGGAGCUCUCAAUGGAAACUACCUCAAAAGAAAACUCCAGGAUGCAGCAGAACAACUAAAACAGUAUGAAAUAAACGCCACUCCUAAAGGCUGGUCCUGCCACUGGGACAGGGAUCAUAGACGCUAUUUCUAUGUAAACGAGCAGUCGGGCGAGUCUCAAUGGGAGUUCCCAGACGGUGAAGAGGAGGAAGAGGAAGGCCAAGCGUUAGAAACUAGAGCAGAAGCUCUACCUAAGCAGGUUCUGAAAGAGAAAACUGGCUCCGACACAAACUCUGGGGAAUCCACUGAGAACGCCACAGGUUCUCUUUGUAAAGAGUCCUUUUCUGGCCAAGUCUCGUCAGCAUCCCUUGUGCCACUCACUCCAUUUUGGACUCUCCUUCAGUCAUCUGUCCCUGUGCUCCAACCGCCUCUACCCUUGGAAAUGCCACCACCGCCUCCGCCUCCUCCAGAGUCCCCUCCACCUCCACCCCCACCUCCUCCUGGAGAAGAUAGUGAGAUCCAGGAGGUAGAGAUGGAGGAUGAGGAAGGCGAGGAGCCUCCUGCCCCAGGAACUGAAGAAGAUACUCCUUUGAAACCUCCUGUCCGCCCAGCAGUAAUCAGUAGCCAGAGUUCAGCUGAUCCCGUCACCUCUAGUUCCCCUUCAGCUAAAGCAGUGAAGAGAAAAGCCGCAGAAAUGAGUUCCGGGGCCGUUCAGAGAUCAGCCACCAUUGGCAGCUGCCCAGUCCUUUACAGCCAGCCAGCCCUUACUGCAGGCCCCCAAGCCGCAGGAAUUGGUCCUCAGACCACGGGGAUCGUUCCCCAGACCAGAGCCCUGGGCCUGCCGUCGAGUUACCUGGGGCUGGCCGCCACACCCACCGUCAUGAACUAUGCCGACUGCUCGGUCUCCGUUGGAGUCACUGCUCCCCCGCUCCAGCCAGUUCCAGCCCGAACUGCCCUGCCUGCCACCAGUGUUACAGAGCCGCCUCAACCACCUCCGCCACCGCCCCCGCCUCCGUCCGCGCCCAAAAUGCCGCCACCCGAGAAGCCAAAAAAGGGGAAGAAGGAUAAGGGGAAAAAGAGUAAAACCAAAAUGCCUUCUCUGGUGAAGAAAUGGCAGAGUAUCCAGCGUGAGUUAGAUGAAGAAGAGAACUCCAGUUCCAGUGACGAAGAUCGGGAAUUAACGUCCCAGAAACGAAUCGAGGAGUGGAAACAGCAGCAAUUAGUCAGUGGCUUGGCAGAGAGAAAUGCUAAUUUUGAGGCUCUUCCUGAGGACUGGCGAGCUAGGCUGAAGAGGAGAAAAACUGCUCCAAAUACAUGAAUUCACUUUUGACAUUUCUCACUGUCUUUCUUCCUUCUUCUUUCUUUCUUUUUCUUCCUUUCCUUCUU